AGCGGUCGCUGUUUCGCUCGCGCUCGGUCCGUUAUUAUUGUCACAGCAGCCGAAGGCCGAAAACAUCCGACGCCAUGCCUCCGUCGCGCCGCUUCUACGCGCGUUUUUCCCGAACCAACGCGCCUCUCGCACAGGCAACAGGCUCGAGAGGCUAUUAACCACAAAACUCGGUCUUUUACGUCGAGUGUUUUAUACGGUUUGACCAUGAGUGUCGGUUACCGCGCCGCGUAAGACGGAGAUUAUGGAGUAACGGCCGCUAGAUUCUUCAUAACGGUAACAAUAACACUGCUAUGGCGCUCUCGGUGAUCCAGGCGUGUCGUAGUCUGGCCCUGUCCACCUGGCUGCUGUCCUUCUGCUUCGUCCACCUGCUGUGUUUGGACUUCACGGUGGCGGAGAAGGAGGAGUGGUACACGGCGUUCGUUAACAUCACGUACGUGGAUCCGGUCACGGCCGAGGUGCGCACCGAGAAGACGGAGUGCGGGCGUUACGGGGAGCACUCGCUCAAACGCGAGGCCAGAGGCGUGCUGGCGAUGCCCGCCGCGCCGCAGGACAGACACGCGUGCGAUCCCAACAGCAGGUUCACGCCGCGCGGAUACGGCGCGUGGAUCGCGCUCAUCAGCCGCGGGAACUGCACGUACAGAGACAAGAUCCGACACGCCGCGGGGAAAAACGCGACCGCAGUGGUCAUCUUCAACGUGGGGUCCUCCAACCCCAACGAGACCAUCACCAUGUCUGAUCCAGGCACCGGUGACGUGGUGGCCAUCAUGAUUCCCGAGCCGAAGGGUCGUGAUCUGGUUCUUCUGAUGGAGAGGAACAUCACCGUUCACAUGCACAUCACCAUCGGAACACGCAACCUCCAGAAAUACGUCAGCCGCACCUCUGUGGUCUUCGUCUCCAUCUCCUUCAUCAUCCUCAUGAUCAUCUCGCUGGCCUGGCUCGUCUUUUACUACAUCCAGCGCUUCAGAUACGCCAACGCCAGGGACCGCAACCAGAGGAGGCUGGGCGACGCUGCCAAAAAAGCCAUCAGCCAGUUACAAGUGCGGACCAUCAGGAAAGGCGAUCAGGAGACGGAGAGUGAUUUUGAUAACUGUGCCGUGUGUAUCGAGGGUUAUAAAGCAAAUGAUGUUGUGAGAAUCUUACCUUGCAGGCAUCUGUUUCAUAAGGGCUGUGUCGACCCGUGGUUGGUGGACCAUCGCACGUGUCCCAUGUGUAAAAUGAACAUCCUCAAAGCUCUCGGCCUCACGUCGAGUGCCGAGUGUCUGAAUGAAAUUCCUCUGGACUACGAGCUCGCCGUGGGGGGCGUGGCUCUCAACGCCAUGGUGAUGAGCGAUGAUGUCAUGGCCGGCGAUGUCGUCGGGGGGCGUGACCCCGGAGUGAGGAUGGUGGGUCUCCCUCAGGUCCUCCUGGACUCUGAGCCACUGUCCCAGGAUACCUUGCCAACCGAACAGAGUGAGUGUGCAAACAAGUUCAUAAACAUUGAUUUCUGUGAGAGUGGAAGUCGUCCUCAUCUCUAGUGCAAGGCCUUGUGGGUAAUAAUUUACAUUUU